CCCCUCCCGGUAGCCCGAUGGGAUGCUGGCGGAAUGUUCUGAGGCGGGAUCGUGAGGGAGACCCAGGUGUUGGGACAACGUCCACGGGUGUCCUUAUCGCUGCAGCGUUAUAACACAUCAGCGUUUCUCCGUGCUCAGCCGCUUUCCCGUUCCCUUUUGGACACAGCGCGCAGCUCUCUAUCCGCGUGCGUGUGUGUGUGUGUGUGGAGAAGAAAAAGAAGAAGAAGCCUACGCGGAAGUUGUCCGACGGCAGCUGUUUUCCAGAAGUUUGCGAUGAGGAGCGGCGUCUUCCUGCUGCUGCUCGCGGCUCUCACCUGCGGCCUCGCGCGGGGAGAGGACGGCGAGGGCGAGGAGCUGCAGGUGGAGACCCUGGUGAAACCCGAAACUUGCUCCGUGCUUUCCACGAUGGGAGACACGCUGCAGAUCCACUACACGGGUAAACUGAUGGACGGAAAGGUGAUCGACUCAUCACUAUCCAUGGAUCCUCUUGUGGUCGAGCUAGGGAAGAGGACGGUUAUUGCCGGUCUGGAACAAAGCUUGGUUGGUGUUUGUGAAGGGCAAAAAAUCAAAGCCACUAUUCCAUCUCACCUCGCAUACGGAAAAAAAGGUUACCCUCCUACCAUUCCAGGUGACGCUGCCCUUGAGUUCGAGGUGGAGGUGGUUUCUCUGACACCGCAGACGUCGUGGCAGAAAAUGGUCAACGACGUGUUGCCCCUCGUGUGUUUGGCUCUGGUGCCCACUCUGCUCGGCUUGGUGGGACUUUACCUCUACAAAAAAGCCAACGUCGAGAAGCCAAGCAAAAAGAAGGCAAAAGAUAAGAAGAGCAAGAAGAAAUAAGGACACGGAGCCAAAUUAUUUAAAUAAAUUUAUAAAAUUGUACUUGUUUUUUUUGUUUAUUUAAUAUAAAUACAGGUGUACUUAAUAUGUUCAGAAAAUAGAGUAGAUUAAACUGCCAACUCUGACACCACCUGUUGAGCCACACUUACAAAAGAUAAGUACUAUAGUAUAGUAUAUAGCACUAAUAACCUAUUGCUAAAAGCAGAGAGAUCAACAUGGAAAUGUAACAAGUUUAGUUUAAGGAGCAGCUGUGGCAAACAAAUGAAAUACUCGUGACCUACUUGUGUUAAAGUCCAAGCACACUUCCACAGCCUGCUGAAUGCUCCACUGAUAUUUUCUCACCGUUUUUGUGUAUUUUAUUGUGAAUGUAUUAAAUAGCACAGAUGUGCACAGACCUGCUUCAUAAAUGGCAGAGCAUUUAGCUAACAUGUUUAUCCAAAGCAAUUAGUACAUAAGCACCAUUGAGUAAUAACCUUUUGAAGGAACAUGAUCACCAAAAAUAUGUG